GAAAAAUAUGAAAAUCAGCUGCCAUCAGUCAGUGCCCAGUGGAUGAAAAGUUCUUGUGGGGAAGGAGCAGCAAAAAAUGUUUUAAUUAGUGAUAAAAUCGAUAAACUAAAACCAUAGCUGAUAAGAUCGUUUUUUGCGUUGAAAGUGUUCAUAGUUUUUGGGAGUAGAGAAUAGAAAUAGCAUCUAAAAUGGAACCAGAAAAAGAUUCACCUUCGGGUUCUGGAUCCGUCUCGACUCCGGAGAAGGAAGGUAAGAGCAACCUGAACAUGACGGCUGACGAGCUGAAGGAGGAGGGCAAUAAGUGCGUGAAGGUGGGGAAUUUCACCGAGGCCAUUCUACAUUACACCCAUGCAAUUAAACUGAAUCCGGCGGAACCGAUUCUGUUCAGCAAUCGAUCGCUGGCGUUCCUGAAAAUGCAACAGUACUACUACGCUAAUGAGGACGCCGAUAGGGCCAUUGCACUGAAUCCGGCAUGGGCCAAGGGCUACUAUCGGAAGGCCGAGGUGCACAUGGCCGUAGGACAUUAUGAUACGGCACUGCUGUCGUAUGGGAAGGCCCUGCAGCUGCAGCCCCAGGAUAUGGGAAUUAUCAACUCGGCAAGGAAGGCGGCCGAACUGAGCAACCGGGAUGUGGAGAAGGAAAAGUGGACACCGAUUCAGGGUGCCGGAAUUGGGUGCGUCGUGGGCCUCUGCAUUGUCAUGGCUGAUAUGUUGUUGACCGAUGUUCCGACUAUUAAGUACAACUCUUUAAUGGUUCUAGUGAUUCUGGCGAUUGGCGGAAUCGGUUUCGGGAUAGCUAAGUUGAUUCGCUACUACACAAAAUUGCAACGCAAAGGUCUACUGGAUCCACCGCUCAAUCUUCUUGAAGAUUUCCAACCUGCUUCAGACGGUGAUGGGGAUGCCAAUGGAACUGCUGGCGGAGACCAGAAGCCCCCGCGUAACCGUUAUACGAAAGCACAAGCCCGGCAACGGUUCAAGAAGGGAAAAACGUAAUUGAACUGGCCGUUUCCAGAGGAGCUUUCCGAUUUGAACGAAGGCUAGACGAGUAAAAUCAACUGUAGUCGAAACAUAAAAUCACAAAAACAAAACUUAGCAACAACUAAAAAACAAAUGACUGAAAUGAAACAACGCUCGGCAAAAGCCGGCCGGGAAAUUGUUGCUUGAGACUUGGGUGUAUAAAACUAAACAAAAAAAAAAGUACCAGGACAAGUACCAUUCUAUUUAAACACAGCAAAUGAACCAAACAAACACACUGAUAGGGAAUCCAAUUUAGACACUAACUAAACAAACACGUUAUACUUUCCGGGAGGUGGAGGGUAGAGAAUUUUUUGUACCGAAAUUGUGCGCGUCCUACCUUCUCUAAUGAUAAGCGAUCGCAAAAUUGGUAGAUUAAGUUUUUCCGCAAAGGUGCAACCUAAUUUACACUGUUGAAGUGUAAUUUGUAAUGUAAUUUUUCGCUCGUUUCCCAUACUCACACAAACACACACAAACACUUUUAUGUACCUACAACUUUACAACUAUCAUUCGAAUGUUAGAUGUUCCGUAGCAAGCAUAUGUGGAAGCUGAUCCUUAUCCUGUACACAACCAUAUACAUACAUAUAAUCAAGCAAACGACGAAAUAGGGUGUAGUUUAAUUGACGGCAAUAUGUAAAUGAAGCGCGAUGGGGCAUUUUAAAUCAAUUUUGAAUAA